AUGUCUUCUGAUUUGGCUCGGAUAUCAGAAGACGACCUCAUCGCUAGCUUUGACGAGCUGGUUGCUGAUGACGUCAUCGUAUAUGGCCCGCACGAAGUCAUCCAGCAGUCAGCCUCAGGCUUUCCAAUAGAAUUUCGCCUUUGCCCCUCCUUCGCAAAAAAACCACACACAGUCGGCGCGUCCAACCCCAGCUUUUCUCAAUCUCGCAAAUGGGGACCAGGCAGCGACAUGUACUGUCCGGACGAGCGACUUAUUGUCGCAAAACUGAACGGCACACACGAUCUAGCGUUGAACUUGUUCUGUGUCGACAGACCUCAGCUUCUCCUCUUGACUCUAGAUUCGUAUCGUAGACAGUUUGAGCCGCUGGAUAACGACGACUUCAAGGCUGUCCUAGAGGUGCUGAGGAGAUGGAACAAUAUGUAUAUCAUAUACAACUGCAGUGAGGUAGGAGGAUGUAGUCGGACGCAUAAACACAUGCAAGGUCUGCGAGGGCCGCCUUUUGCAUUCGACGCUCUGGUCCAUGCGGAGGGGAGCCCGAAAGUACCUUUUCGGUAUUUCAUGCAUCACUUCGAACAAGGGUUUCAGCGAGCGUCUGCGGUGGAUCUGCUGCAAGUUUACAAUAACAUUAUUGGUCAGUGCAGGACCAUGUUAGGUUUGAGCGAGGCAGAUGUGUGUCCUCACAAUGUCGUACUUUGGAACGACCGGAUCAUCGUGAUCCCUCGGAGGAAAGGAUUCAUCGAAGGAGCAAGUGCGAAUGCCGCAGGCAUGUUAGGUUCUAUCUGGGUUCCGGACAAGAAAGAGAUGGACGAGUGGAUGCGGCUUGGAUGUGCAAAUGUUCUACGAGAGUUGGGUGUUCCACGAUAA